UGCUUGCUACCACUGUGUAACUCUUACUGGACCCAAGGUGAGGAACAAGAGAAAGCCAAGGAAGAAGCAAGUGAGGUGCUGAAAAUUCUUGACAGUGAACUCAAGGAUAAGAAAUUCUUCGGAGGUGACACCAUUGGACUGGCUGAUAUUGCUGCUAAUUUCAUAGGCUUUUGGUUUCCAAUUACCCAAGAAGUAAUUGGAGUUGAGGUUUUGACAAAAGAGAAAUACCCAAAAUUAUGCGAAUGGAUCGAUGAGUUUGUCAACUGUAACAUCAUCAUGGAAAAUUUGCAUCCUAAAGAUGAACUUGUCGCCUCUUUCCAAGCUCGCCUCCAAGCUGCGACUGCUCCUAAAUAA